AUGAAUUCCAAGACCGCCAAAGAUAUAAUUAUCGGCAGGUGGGGCUUAAAGUCGGGCAGGUCUAGACCUGAGAGUUCUCCCGAGAAGUGUAAGCAGGAGAACGCUGCCCCGGGAAAGUCAACGGAGGAGGUCGAUGGAGGAGAAAACCAACUGCUCGAUCCGGAAAGGAGCAGGCUCCGGGAGAAAAUACUUUCCCUUGAAAAAGAAAAAGAAAAACACAACCAUCUUCUUGGAGAGAAGGACAAAGAAAUCCAAAAUCUGAAAGACAAGCUUAGGUCCAAAAACAAGAAUAGCGAAGUCAUCUUAUUACAAAAACAACUAGAGGAAAAAACAAAGGAAGGAGAAAGGAGAGAACAGUUACUUUGUUCUCUCUCAGAAGAAAUGAACCGGUUAAAAUGUAAUUUAUCCACUGUUACUGCAAAAUGUUCUGAGCUUGAAAACCAAGUGGGUACUUCUCGGGCAUCCCAGGAAGCUGUAACAAACAGCACUGGAUCACCAACUCAUCUUCAUGAAGUUGAAAAACAACUGAAAGAUGCUCUUGAGAAGAACCAACAGUGGCUACUGUAUGAUCAGCAACGUGAAGCGUAUGUCAGGGGACUGCUUGGAAGAAUCUUUGAACUUGAACAGAAGUCAGAAAUAGUUAGCCGACAAGAAUCUAAAGAAUUAAAUUCAGAAGGUCAUCUACAAGAGGAAAAGCAAAAAUACUAUGACCAGCUGUUACUAACUGCUAAGAGUGAUCUUGAGACCGAAAGACGCACUGUAACCCAGCUGAGAUCUGAACUUAACGAAUUAAAAAAGAAGUAUGAAGAAACACAAGGAGAAAGAACAAGUUUAAAUGCCUUAUUGCAGUCACAACAGGCUGCUGAAAUGAAGACUCUAGAAAAUGAAAAUAAAAUGAAAGGAGAGAAAGUGCAGAGACUAAAACAAGAAAAUGAAACUAUUAAGGGACAGCUUAGAGAAGAAAAGAAGAAGUCUGAAGAUCUUUUAUGUCAGGUGCAACUUCUUCGUAAGUCAUUGCCCAAACAGCAGGAGGAACGCACUAGGAUAGCUUUGUUGGAACAACAGAUCCAGAUAUGCACCGCAGACUUUGAGAAUGAAAAGCUUGAUCGCCAGAACUUGCAGCAUCAGUUAAACAAAGUCCUUAAGGAACUGCGCAAGGCCAGGGAGCAAAUAACCCGUCUGGAACCUCUGAAACUCCAGGAACCUGGAUGUAUGGAAUGCCAAGAAGAUUUGCAAGCUGCGUUUGAAGAGAAGCUGACCAUGUAUGACAGAAGUCCUUCCUGUUUCAACUCAAGCCUUCUUGAUGAAAGUUUUCUUGAGUGUCCCAGGUGUAAAGUGCAGUAUCCAACCAGUCAGCAUCGAGAAUUACUAGCGCAUAUUGACUUUUGUACUGCUUGA